UAUGGCCCAGCCCGCCAGCCACGGGGGCGUAUUCCCCCGCGCAAAGAGCGGCCAAUGCCGCGCCCACCACGCCUUCUCCAGCAGCACCGCGCGCAUCACCAUCGUCUGCUACGCGGUCUACCUUGUCCUGUUCCUGGGGCUGUUCUUCUUCACCGCCGCGCGGUUUCUCACCAGCGAGGACAAGCGUAAAUCGAUAGCGCAGUGGCUGCUCCUCGCCCUCGCCGUAACAUUCAUGCUGCUCGCCCAAACCCUGGCAGUAAUCAUGACCACCCUGAGCGAAUGCGCCGUCCUCACCCCGGCCGACACCACGCAGGCCCUCCUCCCGAUAACCUGGCUCCUCGCCCUCGGCAAACUCGCCCUCUUCGCCCUGAUCCUCCUCCCGCUCUGUCGCCGGCUGCACCACGGCGCAAGCCACAAGACCAUCGAUCGGUGGAUCCGCAUCCCGCAUUCCGUCCUGAUAGCGGUGCUGGCGGGGUUGCUGCUCGCCGCACUAGCGGUGCAGACGCGUCUCGUCGAGCGCAUCGUCCACCCCACGCGGUAUCCGUUCGCCGAGCUGCAGCGCUGGCAGCGCACGGAGAAGCGGCUGUGGGUGGCCGUGUUCGUGGUCGAGGUGCUGGGCAUGAGUCUGGCGGCGGCCCGCAUGGGCUGGGCCGUGUGCUCGGCGCGCCAUUUGCGCCGUGGGGAACUCGGCAUCUUCAUCCCCCUCCUGAUCGUCUCGUCGGUGGGGCUGGCCCUGACGGAUCUGGUCGGGUACGUGGAGGGCCCUGCAUUCCGGACAGCUGCCACCGUCGAGCAGGAGCGGAACAUCGUGAGCGGCCAGCAGGCCCGGAUGUACGUCGAGUACUUCUUCUACGCCGGGACGGUGCUCGCCGCGGGAGUGGUGGUCGCGUCGCGGCGCUUGGGGACGGCCGCGCGGGCGAAUUUGCCGUCCUGGGGGAGAGCCCCCGGACCCCCCUUUUUUUCAACUUUCUGGUGA